AUGCGAUGUGGCGGUUACUCGCUGUAUCAAAAUGGCAACACUGAGGCUUCACAGAGCUGGAAACUUCACCCUCAUGGAACACGACAAAUUCUCACGAGACAUUCCAUCAAGGGACCACCAUUUGUUAUGGGAACAUUGAUUCCAGCCGAGGAAUGCUCAUUCAUCACCACCCGGUGCAAAGAAUGCUGGCGGCCACACUACCCCCUUCGAUCUCGUUUCAACUGUGACAACGCCACCGAAUAUGAUUUAUGCGAGCGGGACAUUGACACAUUCAAGGACCAUUGUUGGGUGGUUCGAAUGGGUGUUGAGUGUCCUAAUCAAUCCCGGUUUAUACUUGAUCUGUCAAGUGCUCUUUCCGCGUCUUAA